AUGUCCUCGCCCAUGGACAUCACACCGCGCGCAUCGUCGCGCAGAGGGCCCGAUCCCGAGUGCGCCUUUCCCUCGUGGCCGAGGCGGUCAUCUCUAGGUGAGGGCGACUCGGAAUAUCGGGCGACAUCAUACAUCACCGACGACGAGCUGUUCAUGGAUGUGUUUGAAGACGAUGCGUGCAGCGUCUCGAGCCAGGGCAGCGCUUCCCCCGUGCACUCACCAGCGGCACCGGUUCUCACCGAGGCCGAUUUCCUCCAGUUGCAGCGGGAGCAGCUGGCUUACCAGCGCGAGAUGAGGAGGAUCCUCUUGGCCGAGAAGGAGCUGCGGCGACGACAGGCCGAGCAAGAGCAUCAACGGCGGCGGCCGGGUCCCAAACGGCGAACCGGUUCCGCAUCCUCCAAAAAGGCCAAGAGCAAGCUCUCGGCCAUGACCACCAUCGCCGAAACCGACUGA